ACAGGACAGCGAAAGAGGCUGCAAUGAGCAGACACCUGGCUUCCUCCUCACACAUGGAGAAUGCUGAGCUGGAGAGUCUGAGGGAAGAGAUCAAGAGGAGAGACCAGGAGAUUCAUAGCCUGAAGGAACAACUUAGAUACAGGUCCUGCCAGCCCCCUGAGGGGUCAUCGUCAUGCCAGCCCCCUGAGGGGUCAUCGUCAUGUCAGCCCCCUGAGGGGUCAUCGUCAAGCCAGCCCCCUGAGGGGUCAUCGUCAAGCCAGCCCCCUGAGGGGUCAUCGUCAAGCCAGCCCCCUGAGGGGUCAUCGUCAAGCCAGCCCCCUGAGGGGUCAUCGUCAAGCCAGCCCCCUGAGGGGUCAUCGUCAUGCCAGCCCCCUGACGGGUCCUCCUCCCCACCCAGGCUGCGCAGCACCAAUGAAGAGCUCCCUGCACUGUCCCGACUCUCCCUGUCCAACCCAGAAAUCUUACGCUACAGCCGCCAGUUGGUGCUCCCAGAGUUCGGGGUCAGAGGUCAGCUCCGCCUCUCCCAGUGUUCAGUGCUGGUGGUGGGGUGUGGCGGGCUCGGCUGCCCUCUGGCGCAGUAUCUGGCUGCAGCCGGAGUCGGUCGUUUGGGGUUAUUGGACUAUGACGAGGUGGAGAUGAACAACCUCCAUAGACAGGUCCUCCAUAGUGAGAAGAGGAUUGGGAUGGCAAAAGCCACUUCCAUGGCGACAGCACUGCAGCAGCUAAAUUCAAACGUGGAGUACGUCCCAUACCAGAUGGCGCUGAGUCCUGCCAAUGCUGUGCCACUUAUCCGCCAAUAUGAUAUUGUAGCCGACUGCUCGGACAAUGUGCCCACCAGAUAUCUGAUCAGUGACGCCUGUGUGGUUGCGGGAAAGCCGCUUGUAUCAGCCAGUGCACUCCGCUGGGAGGGACAAUUAACCAUAUACAACCACCAGGGAGGGCCAUGUUACCGAUGCCUGUUCCCCAUUCCUCCACCUCCAGAAACGGUCACCAAUUGUGCCGACGGUGGUGUCCUGGGUGUUGUCCCUGGGAUCAUGGGGUGUCUACAGGCCCUAGAAGUGAUACAAUUGGCCUCCGGACUUGAUCCUAGCUACAGCAGCACCAUGCUAAUGUAUGACGCACUGGACGGGCGUUUCCGCAACAUUAGACUUCGAGGUAAACGGAAAGACUGUGUCACCUGUAGCAGUGAGUCAGAGUCUCGUGUCCUUGAGGACUAUGAGGCGUUCUGUGGCUCCUCUGCCUCUGAUAAGUGCCGGGCGUUAUACUUGCUGAGUGCCGCUGACAGGAUGACUGUUCAGGAGUACAAACAACUCCUGGAUGAUGGUGUGCCUCACCUGCUCAUCGAUGUCCGACCACAAGCUGAGGUGGACAUCUGCCACCUAACACACUCUGUCCACAUCCCACUGAGUCAACUUGAAGCUGGAAAUGCCGCGGAUCUCCUGGGGGAGAGGACGGGGACAGGCGAGUGCGGCAAUCACUGGAAGAAACUGAUCGUUAUCUGCAAACUUGGGAACGAUUCGCAGAGAGCCGUGAAAAUUCUACAGCGACUUUCUGAAGAAGGUGUUAGCGAGCUUACAGUAAAGGAUAUUGCAGGGGGCCUGAUGGCAUGGGCUGAGAAGAUCGAUCCUGCCUUUCCUAAAUAUUAGAGAGCAUUGGAGGAAGGCUGUCAUAAGCUAGAGCACACUGCUCUUACCCUGGAUGCGUUUGGGUGGGUGGGGGACUAAUUUUGAUAAGACAGCUGCUGUUUCCCACCACCUUGUGGUAUCUCAUGUCACCCACCUAGAGAUAUUUAUGCUUAUUGAUUAAUAAAUCUUACCUUAAGAGCACCUGUAGUGUUCUGGAAGUUAA